CAUGGCUACCAAGGUGGAUGUCGGAAUCCGGGGUUUGCCAGGAGCUCCAGAUGGGGUCAAGGCACAUUUUCAAGCUGUGACACGCAACUACAACACCCAUCCCAGGCUGACGUACCGGACUGUGUGUGGGGUGAACGGACCCCUGGUAGUCCUGGACAACGUGAAGGAGUUGCUUCUCAUUGCAGGCCGAGUCUUCAACGGUUCGGCUAAGCCCAUCGACAGAGGCCCCGUGGUGAUGGCCGAGGACUUCCUGGACAUUAACGGGCAGCCUAUCAACCCUCAAGGACGCAUUUACCCUGAGGAGAUGAUCCAGACGGGCCUCUCCCCCAUCGACGUCAUGAAUAGCAUCGCCCGGGGACAGAAGAUCCCCAUCUUCUCCGCUGCUGGUCUCCCCCACAACGAGAUCGCAGCUCAGAUCUGCAGACAGGCUGGCCUGGUGAAGAAAUCGAAAGAUGUGGUGGAUUACCACGAGGAUAACUUCGCCAUUGUCUUCGCAGCCAUGGGGGUGAACAUGGAAACGGCUCGGUACUUCAAGUCAGACUUCGAGGAGAACGGGUCCAUGGAGAACGUCUGCCUCUUCCUCAACUUGGCCAACGACCCCACAAUCGAGCGGAUCAUUACGCCCCGUCUGGCUCUGACCACCGCCGAGUUCCUGGCCUAUCAGUGUGAGAAACACGUUCUGGUGAUCCUAACCGACAUGAGCUCCUACGCCGAGGCCCUGCGGGAGGUCUCGGCGGCCAGAGAAGAGGUGCCUGGACGACGGGGGUUUCCUGGCUACAUGUACACUGACCUGGCCACCAUCUAUGAGCGGGCAGGGCGAGUGGAAGGCAGGAACGGCUCCAUCACACAGAUACCCAUCUUGACGAUGCCCAACGACGGCGCCUACGAGAACAGGACCAUCUUCGAGUCCCUGGACAUAGGAUGGCAGUUGCUCCGGAUCUUCCCCAAAGAGCUGCUGAAACGGAUCCCGGAAAGCAUCUUGGCUGAAUAUUACCCCCGUGAGGCCAAAGGGAAUCCAGGCUCCGACACGGCCCUCUGAAUCCCAGUCUAGUCCGAAAGCCUGAUUCAGGAGGGAGCUGGCCUCCAACGUGGUGAGCCGAUGAGGAAAAGACACCUAUGGAAGCCCCUUUUCCUGCAUUGGAAUCGGAUCCAAACUCCACUUGGCAGAGGUCCCCGAGUUCCCACGUUUUGAUUUCCUGCUUGGCAGCUGUCCAUUAAAAAAAAAAGGACCGCCCGCUUGCUUUUCGGGCUGCGAAAACAAUUGGCGAUACACGGUGUCCUGCUUCCGA